CAUUUCUCAUGUAUAAAUUAGAAUAAUAAAAAAAGUCUAUGGAGUUGUGAUCAUCAUAACCACAAGCCUCCAUAGACUCCCUUUAUAUUGGCCACCUUUGAACACUAUCAUCAUCUUUGUCGGCCAAUUUUAAUUGCUCCCCUCUAUUCUCCCAUCAAAUCCCACUCUCAAUCCUCUCUCUCUCUUUCCCAAACCAAACCACAAAACUAAAUAUAUCAUAUCAAACUCAAAACCAAAACCAAAACCAAAAAAUCCUUUAUAACACUAUUCCAAUACAAAAAAACCAAAAACCAAAUACCCUCUCUCCCUUAUACUAACAUUCAAUAACAAAAUCCCAAAUUCAAGUUACUACAAAUUCUUAGUACUAAGUUACUAGUAACCAAAUCAUAUUUGUAUAGAUGAUGACACACCAAGAGUUCAUGACUCUUCCGAGAAGUGCAAGUACCAGUAAUGCCAGAGGUUCGAGAAAAAUCAUUCCGGCAACGGCGACCCACUUCCGUUCGUCAUCCACGACGGCUCUUUCGCCGGAAAAUUACGGAGCUUUCGAUAAGCUUUUAACUAGAAGCCGAACUCAUCAUCAUCAUCGUCAUCAUUCUCCGGUAACCCAUCAUAAUUUUACCAAGACUCACAUUAAGCUCUCUUCAAUUUUCCGAUCACUUCUCAAUAUUCUCUCUUUUCCCGCCAUAUUCCCAACCUGUAAAUGGCUAACGAUCCCAUCUCACCUCUCUGUAACCCCAUCACUGGGCCGGAAAGUAACCGGCACACUUUUCGGUAACCGCCGCGGCCACGUCAGCUUCGCCGUACAACUCGACCCGAGAUCCGAACCCGUUUUGUUACUCGAGCUUGCGAUGUCUACUGCCUCGCUGGUUAAGGAGAUGGCAUCGGGGUUAGUACGAAUAGCACUCGAAUCGGAGAAAAUCCCGGCGGCGGCCGCGAACGGCGGUGGUCGGAAGCUUUUUCAAGAACCCACGUGGACUAUGUACUGUAAUGGAAGGAGGUGCGGGUACGCUGUGAGUCGCACGUGUGGGGAUUCAGAUUCGCACGUGCUUAGCACUGUACGGAGCGUUUCGGUCGGUGCCGGAGUUAUUCCGGUGGUGGAGGAUGAUGAUACGAAGAAGAAGAGUACUGAGUCAGAGGGCGAGUUGCUUUAUAUGAGAGCGAGGUUUGAACGAGUCGUGGGGAGUCGUGACUCGGAGGCUUUUUACAUGAUGAACCCUGAUGGUAAUGGUGGGCCUGAACUCAGUAUUUUUCUACUUAGAUUAUGAGGCCCAAGCCCAAAUUUGAGCCCAUAAUGAAAAGCUCAUUUGUAGGUAAAUUUGGAGACUGUUUAAUUAAGAAUUAGUGAUUUGAUUAUCUCUCUGUAUUGUAUUGUUAAUUAUUAUGUUUUUUUUUUUUCUAUAUACGGGUUUUCUUUUGUAUGAUGUAAUACUACUAUAAUGAAUUAAUUAUCUUGUUAAAAUAUAUAUUUUAGGGCUUAAAAAAAAGUUUAAACUUUGUUUAAUGAGAAUGUUUGAUUAUGUUGUUGAUUAAUAAUUAAUUAACUA